UUUCUCCGCAGAUGCUGCCAGACCUGCUGAGUUUUUCCAGGUAGUUUUAUUUUUAGUUUUGUUUUGGAUUUCCAGCAUCCGCAGUUUUUUGCUUUUAUCAUCUAUACCCUUACACUGCACCUCAAUGCAGUGGUCACUCCUUCAGGAAUAUUUAUUUUAAUUAACCACUUCUUUUGAAAGGAGGAAAAUUGUAUGAGAAUAUAGCCAUUGUUUGUACAAUUAAAUGUUUCUAAAAACAGAAACUGGCAGUUAAGGGUGGUUCUAAUUUGAACGAUUGGAGGUAGUUACAGGAGCGCUGUAAACUCGGGUUACACCUUCUGAGAUCAUAGUGAGGGAAGGAGAAGCAGAUCAUUUUACUUCCAACCUACAAUGAAACAGAACUUAUUGUGAAGACUCCCGGUUUGCUUUUAUAUAUGGAGAAGAUCAUUUUUCAAUUUACAUCGUAAACUUGUUGGAGCGGUAAUCUGGAGAAGACUGAAUUGCCAGCAGUUACAAGAUCCUUCAGCAAAUUAAGGAACCAUGAGCUGGAGUUUACUCCGUGAUGUUUUAAGUGGAGUGAAUCAAUACUCCACUGUUGUGGGAAGAAUCUGGUUGAGUGUUAUGUUCAUAUUCCGAGUCCUUGUCUACGUGGUGGCAGCAGAGCGUGUCUGGAACGAUGAGCAGAAGGACUUUACUUGCAACACAAGGCAAACUGGUUGUGAAAAUGUGUGUUUUGACCACUUCUUUCCAGUGUCCCAUGCAAGACUUUGGGCACUGCAACUUAUCUUAGUUUCCACCCCUUCUCUCUUGGUUGUCAUGCACGUAGGUUACAGGGAACACAGGGAGAAGAAGUACAAAAAGAAACUGUAUAAAGACAAAGGGAACAUAGAUGGGGGACUGUGGUGGACCUAUUUCUUUAGUCUACUGUUCAAAACAGGAGUUGAAUUAAGUUUCUUGUUUGUGCUGGUGCGGAUAUACAAUGGGUUCACUAUUCCUCACCUUCUGAAGUGUGACAUCAGUCCUUGCCCCAAUGUAGUGGAUUGUUUUGUUGGUCGGCCGACUGAAAAGACCAUCUUCCUCUAUUUCAUGGUUGCCUCCUCAGUUUUGUGCAUACUGCUAAACCUCUGUGAGAUGAGUUACCUAGUUAUAAAGCAUUGCAGAGAAUUCUGUGAGAAGAGAUCUGACAGACAAGCAAAACAUUUGAAAUGUGGAUCUGACUCAAUGCAGAGGAAUCAAGCUCAUCCAAAAGCGCUUAAAAAUGGCACUUUGAGGUCUUCCAUAAGCAUUCACACGAUGUGAAACCAGAAGGACUUCCACAUAAUCACUGAUAUUUAUGAAGGCAGCUUUUAUAACAGAGGCACUACUUGCUUUCUAAUGAAGCAAACAAACAUUAAUUAAGUUAAUGCCUGGGAUUCUUCACAGUAUCUUUGAAGAAAUGUUUUUAUUUUCCUGAAGAGAUUUUCGAUGUGUAGAAUACCAUGUUUAUCAUGGUUCAAUUAACCAUAAAUCAGAACUAAGCUUUGUUACAAUUGAAUAAAGGACACCUGGGAAAGUUGAGCACAUGGAAUUACACGAUCAGCAUAUUCAUUACAAAUUUCAAUGAUAUUUUUAAGAGAUUCUUUUAAGGCUACCUUUGCUGCUAACGCCGUGCAUGCACAGUUUUACAGUUUCUCCACCAUGUUUACUGUUUUAUAGACUCAUGCAGGCAUGAGUGCGUUGUAUCAGACUGGGAGCAGAACAGGAUUUCACAAGCCUGACACCGCUAGAUUGAAAUGCAUUCAGUGUCAAAGAGAAAAAGAAACUUUGCACCAUUUUAAUGAAGAAGUAAAGUCUAUAAUUUAAAGAAACAAACAGAAAAUAUUGGAGACACUCAGGCAGUGUCUUGUGUUGAAUGCCUCCAGAGUUCCCUGCUUCCGAGUUGCAGCAUCAGCAAUAUUUUUCUUGCCUCUUUUGGGAAUUGUUAAUGAUGGCUCUUUGACAAUUAUUUAAUAUAAUUGGGAGCCAGUCCAUGUGUGGUGAGAGUGCAGCUAUUGAGACCUGUAUACAUUUCCUGCCUACAAAGCCCAUGUUUUGGGUGCAGCAGAGUGACAUCUGUGCAGACCAGUGCGCAUAUGCAGACGGCCAUAUUGCAUUGGCAGGAGACAAGUGUUCUUUUAACAAAAGGCCUCCUCCCUAAUAUACAUCUACAAUUUGUACAACCUUCUAAGCUUAACCCUGAGGUGCGAAGUUCCUCUUGCUCCCUUAGCGAUGAAAAAAAAUGGCUGAUGUGCUUUCAAUAAUCAUAAAGGUGACUGCACAGUCGAGGAAACUAUUUACAAGGAUACAAGAGCUAUGGCACAGACAGUACCUGAUGUCAGCUAUGCAAAGUUAGGAAAACAUAACUUUAGAUGCUCUGGCAUAAAGAAGCAAAUGUUGCAAGUGUGCAGUGAUUUUAUUUCUUGGGCGUGAAUGUAAUUUGAAUUGUUUAUUGUAUACUGCUAAAAUUUGUCAGCAAAGUACCCUGAUUGUUUUAUAGUGAAAUCUCAACUAAUCAGUCAUAAAUGCUUAUUUCACUAUUCCUAAAAACAUUCCCAUUCACAAAAACAUAUUAAAAUCCCUGAAAGUAGGGAUGAGUCACAGAUGCUGACCUCACUAGCAACGAUCUCAUCCCAUGAAAGGGCAAGAGUGUUUUCCAAAGUCCUUUUUGAAGUCAACCGUGUUGAUUUCCACAGCCACCCCAUUUAAAAUCAAUAAAAUAAAAGCUAUCAAAUAAUAAGCACUCACAAAAAUUAAAUACAUGUCAAAAAAAUCACAAAAUCUUAUGAAUAAAUUCAUUCAUCUUCUCUUCUAAUAUCUCUAAUCAUCUUGACUUCAUAGUACUUAGGAUUUAGGAUACUCAAGGUUCCUUUCUGCCCUUUCAAGAGUUUGAAUGUUU